ACCGACUGGCAUAUCCAUACCACGACCACUGCUGUAGGACGCAGCUCUUGACGGGCUCGACGUGUUUUUCACUAUCGUCUUGCAGCAACGAUGGAUAUCUCCAAGCCCAUCGCGUUUUGCGAGCACCUUCAACUCUCCGCGAUUGGCGUGCAGCCGGCGUCCAUUUCGUUCCAGACCUUGACCCUUGAGUCCGACCACUAUAUUUGUGUACGAGAGAAAGUCGGAGAGACGAACCAAGUCGUUAUCAUCGAUCUCGCGGAUGCCAACAAUGUGCUACGUAGACCCAUUACCGCGGACUCUGCUAUCAUGCACCCGCACCAGAAGAUUCUGGCACUGAAGGCGGGUAGAACAUUGCAGAUCUUCAACCUCGAGACCAAGCAGAAAGUCAAGUCGCAUGUCAACAAUGAAGACGUCGUAUUCUGGAAAUGGAUCUCAGACUCGACUAUCGGCAUGGUCACCGACUCUGCGGUAUACCACUGGUCCAUGACCGAUGCGACGUCUCCGCCCCAGAAGAUCUUCGACCGGCAUCCAACAUUGGUUGGUGCACAGAUUAUCAACUAUCGCUCGUCGGCGGACGAGAAAUGGCUCGUGCUCAUUGGGAUUUCGGGCAACACGACGAAUCCAUCUGCGUUCAAGGUGAAGGGAUCCAUCCAACUGUACAGCAGGGAGAGGGGUGUCAGCCAGCCCAUCGAGGGGCACGCGGCUGCGUUUGCGGAAUUGAAGUUGGAUGGGCACCAGAAGCCGACAAAGCUGUUCACAUUCUCGGUGCGAACGGCGACGGGCGCGAAGCUGCAUAUUGUGGAGAUCGACCAUCAAGCACCGGAUCCCCCGUUCACGAAGAAGGCAGUGGACGUAUACUUCCCACCGGAGGCGACGAACGACUUCCCAGUUGCGAUGCAGGUGUCGAAGAAGCAUGGCAUCGUCUACCUCGUCACGAAGUACGGCUUCAUCCAUCUAUAUGAUCUUGAGUCCGGCGCGUGCAUCUACAUGAACCGCAUUUCCGGCGAAACCAUCUUCGUCACAGCUGAGCACGAGGCAACGAAUGGUAUCAUUGGUGUUAACAAGAAGGGUCAGGUUCUGAGCGUCAAUGUCGACGAGCAGACCAUCAUCCCAUACAUUCUGACGACCCUCAACAAUACCGAACUCGCUUUCAAGCUCGCCAGCAGAGCUAAUUUGCCCGGUGCAGAUGACCUGUACAUCAAGCAAUAUCAGCAACUGUUCCAGAGCGGCCAAUUUGGUGAGGCUGCGAAGGUCGCUGCGAACUCACCAAGGGGUAUUCUUCGUACUGCGCAAGUCAUCGAGUCUUUCAAGCAGGCUCCGGCACCGCCGGGUGGCCUCUCGCCGAUCCUUCAGUAUUUUGGUAUCCUGCUUGAGAAGGGCGAGCUGAACCACCUCGAAUCCGUCGAACUUGCUCGCCCUGUCCUCCAGCAGGGAAGGAAGCAGCUGUUGGAGAAGUGGCUCAAGGAGAACAAACUCACAUGCAGCGAGGAACUCGGUGACAUCGUUCGCUUGUACGACAUGACUCUUGCACUCAGCGUAUAUCUGCGUGCGAACGUGCCCAACAAGGUCGUUGCCUGUUUCGCAGAGACCGGUCAGACGGACAAGAUUGUGUUGUAUGCUAAGAAGGUCGGGUAUACCCCAGACUACAUUGGGCUACUGCAACAUGUCAUGCGCACUAACCCGGAGAAGGGUGCCGAGUUCGCCAUGCAGCUGGCGAAUGACGAGAAUGGUCCUCUGGUUGACGUUGAGAGAGUGGUAGACAUCUUCAUGUCUCAGAACAUGAUCCAGCCUGCGACCUCGUUCCUGCUAGAUGCUUUGAAAGACAACAAACCGGAGCAAGGUCAUCUGCAGACACGUCUGUUGGAGAUGAACCUCGUGCAUGCGCCUCAAGUCGCCGAUGCCAUCCUCGGAAACGAGAUGUUCACUCACUACGACCGCCCACGGAUUGCCAACCUGUGCGAGAAAGCUGGUCUGCUCCAGAGGGCUCUCGAACACUACGAGGAUUUGGCCGAUAUCAAACGUGUCAUAGUGCAUGCUAGCGCAUUCCCGACGGAUUGGCUGGUGAAUUACUUCAGUCGACUCACCACGGAGCAGUCUAUGGCUUGCAUGGAAGAAAUGCUGCGCGUGAACAUGAGGCAGAAUCUCCAGGUUGUCAUUCAGAUUGCCACGAAGUACUCUGACAUCCUCGGUCCAGUCAAGCUUAUCGAGAUGUUCGAGUCGUUCAAGAGCUUUGAGGGCCUUUACUACUAUUUGGGCUCAAUCGUUAACCUCAGCACCGACCCGGAGGUCCACUUCAAGUACAUCCAGGCCGCAACGCGUACGGGCCAGAUUCGUGAAGUAGAGCGCAUUUGCCGGGAGAGCAACUAUUAUAGCCCCGAGAAAGUCAAAAACUUCCUCAAGGAGGCUAAGCUCGCCGACCAGCUCCCUCUCAUCAUUGUCUGCGACCGAUUCGACUUCGUUCAUGACCUUGUAUUAUACCUCUACCAGAACGGGCUGAUCAACUUUAUCGAGGUAUACGUACAGCGGGUAAACUCGGUCCGGACACCGCAAGUCAUUGGUGGCCUCCUGGACGUCGAUUGUGACGAGUCGACGAUCAAGUCUCUCUUGGCCUCCGUCCCGGGCAACUUCCCUAUCGAUGAGCUCGUUCAUGAGGUUGAGGUCAGGAACAGACUGAAGCUGAUCCUCCCUUGGUUGGAGGCCCGGGUGCAACAGGGUAGCCAGGAUUCUGCCGUGUACAAUGCUCUCGCAAAGAUCUACAUCGACUCAAAUAACAACCCCGAGACAUUCUUGAAGGAGAAUAAUCUAUACGAACCACUGGUCGUAGGAAAGUUCUGCGAGGCUCGGGAUCCAUACUUGGCGUACAUUGCAUAUGCCAAGGGCUUGUGCGAUGACGAGCUCAUUGCCAUCACCAACGAGAAUUCGAUGUUCAAGCAGCAAGCACGAUACCUCGUCAAGCGUCGCCAACCCGAGCUAUGGGCACAAGUACUCGUACCGGACAACAUUCACCGUCGGCAGCUCAUUGACCAGGUUAUCGCCACUGCGCUGCCGGAGUCGACGGACCCAGACGAUGUGUCGGUUACUGUCAAGGCAUUCUUGCAAGCAGAUCUGCCGAUCGAGCUUAUCGAACUUUUGGAGAAGCUGAUCCUCGAGCCGUCGCCCUUCAGCGACAAUCGGAACCUACAAAACCUGCUCAUGUUGACUGCUAUCCGCGCAGACAAGGGCAAAGUCGUCGGCUACAUCGACAAGCUCAAGAACUAUGACGUUGCUGAAAUUGCUAAGAUUGCGACGGACCACGGUCUCUACGAAGAGGCAUUCCUCGUCUACAAAAAGUAUGAGCAACAUGCCAUGGCAAUUAACGUUCUGGUCGAGCACAUCGUCUCUCUCGAUCGUGGUGUUGAGUAUGCCACUAAGGUCAACAAGCCCGAGGUUUGGAGUAGGCUAGCGAAGGCCCAACUGGACGGAUUGCGCAUCAAGGAUGCCAUCGACUCUUACAUCAAGGCGGAGGAUCCUUCGAAUUAUGCAGAUGUCAUCGAAAUUGCUAGCCAUGCAGGAAAGCACGACGACCUUGUUCGAUACCUGCAAAUGGCACGCAAAACGCUCCGUGAGCCAAAGAUCGAUACGGAGCUGGCGUAUGCAUAUGCCAAGACAGACCGCCUGCACGAUAUGGAGGAUUUCCUGGCAAUGACCAAUGUUGCGGACAUCCUCGAGGUUGGAGAGAAGUGCUUCGAGGACGAAUUGUACCAAGCUGCAAAGCUGCUGUUUACCAGCAUCUCUAAUUGGGCGCGGCUGGCAACAACUCUCAUCUAUCUUGGCGAGAAUCAAGCCGCCGUUGAAAGCGCACGGAAGGCUGGUAAUACUCAGGUCUGGAAGCAGGUGCAUGCUGCUUGUUUGGAGAAAGGAGAGUUCCGUUUGGCCCAAAUUUGUGGUCUCAACAUUGUUGUUCAUGCAGAAGAGCUCUCAGCCCUUGUGCGAGCGUAUGAACGUCGUGGUCACUUCGAAGAAAUCCUCGUGCUUCUGGAGGCUGCACUCAGCCUAGAAAGGGCGCAUAUGGGUAUCUUCACGGAGUUAUCCGUUUUGUACAGCAAGUACAAGCCAGAGAAACUCAUGGAGCAUCUGAAGCUCUUCGUCUCUCGUAUCAACAUUCCGAAAGUCAUCAAAGCCACCGAGAAGGCACACCUGUGGCCAGAACUUGUUUUCUUGUACAUCAAGUACGAUGAAUUUGAUAACGCGGCAUUGGCGAUGAUAGAGCGGUCUGCGGACGCAUGGGAACACAAUCAAUUCAAAGAUGUAAUCGUCCGAGUCGCCAACAUUGAAAUCUACUACAAGGCUCUCACAUUCUACCUGCAAGAGCAACCAACGCUUCUGACAGACUUGCUGACGGUCUUGAUCCCGCGCAUCGACCAUGCUCGUGUUGUCAGGAUGUUCCGACAAAUCGACCACAUCCCGCUCAUCCGUUCAUACCUCAUCGCGGUACAGCACCUCAAUAUUGAGGCCGUCAACGACGCCUACAACGACCUCCUCAUCGAGGAAGAGGACUAUAAGACGUUGCGGGAUUCCAUCGACAGCUUCGACAACUUCAACAACGUGGCACUGGCACAACGCCUAGAAAAGCACGAGCUGCUUGAGUUCCGGCGACUCGCAGCUCAUCUCUACAAGAAAAACUCCCGCUGGGAAGAGUCAAUAGCACUCUCCAAGCAGGAUAAGUUGUAUAAGGACGCAAUCAUCACAGCUGCGACAUCAGCCACAAUCGACGUCGCGGAGGAGCUCCUGUCGUACUUCGUCGACAUCGGCAAUAAGGAGUGCUUCGCUGCGAUGCUCUACACAUGCUUCGAUCUCCUGCGGACGGACAUCGUGGAGGAGCUCUCAUGGCAACAUGGCCUGAACGACUUCUACAUGCCAUAUAAGAUUCAGAUCACGAGGACAGCAGUGGAGAGGAUGGCUGCGCUGGAGAAGAAGGUACAGGAGCUGUCUGUCAAAGAUUCGAAGAAGGAGCAGCAGGAGGCAGAGGCGCCGAUAAUCAACCCUGGUCUGAUUGGAAACCGGUUAAUGCUGACUGCAGGGAACGGUUUCCCAGGACAGGCACCGCCAGUGAUGCCAAAUGGUACAUCCAUGGGCAUGCCUCCUGCGAUGACCGGCUUCGCGAACUUCUGAUGAGUGGACUUGUGAACAUAUUAUAUCUCGACGAUUGUUGUAGUUAUGAGUACAGACCUUCAUGUUGGCUAAUGAGACGCUCUUUCAUCAUUUCACGCGUUG